AUGGUUGAGAAGUUGGGACUUAUUACCAAGAAGCAUCCACGGCCUUAUAAGCUUAACUGGCUGAAUGAAACUGGAGAGAUGAGUGUCAAGAACCAAGUGGAACACUUGAUUGGCUUGACUCAUACUCCACCGGAGAUUCCGAGUGAACUAGCUCAACUUUUGCAGGACUUUAGCGAUGUCUUUCCUGAGGAUAGUCCACCAGGCUUGCCUCCUGUCCGAGGUAUUGAGCACCAGAUUGACUUUGUCCCCGGCUCCACUUUACCAAACAGGCCGGCUUACAGAACCAAUCCGGUUGAGACCAAGGAGCUUCAGCGCCAAGUGGAUGAACUCAUGGAGAAAGGCCACAUUAGAGAGAGCAUGAGCCCUGUGCUGUUCCUGUUCUUCUUGUUCCUAAGAAGGAUGGAAGCUGGAGAAUAUGAGUUACAUGGCUCUUGCAUCUUCUCUAAGAUUGAUCUUAAGAGUGGUUAUCACCAAAUCCGGAUGAAGGAAGGUGAUGAGUGGAAAACCGCCUUUAAAACCAAGCAUGGUCUAUAUGAGUGGCUUGUGAUGCCAUUUGGCUUGACCAAUGCGCCAAGUUUUGUGGUGAGUGCAGAUGGCGUACAGGUUGAUGAAGAGAAGGUCGCAGCUAUCGGGAUUGGCCUAGUCCUAAGACCGUUGGAGAGGUCAGAGCUUUCAUGGCUUGGCCGGAUUCUAUCGGCGUGGGAGAAGGCACAGGAGGAAGCAUUUCAGACUCUUAAGGAUCGACUUACUAAUGCACCUGUUCUUAUGUUGCCUGACUUUCUUAAAACUUUUGAAAUUGAGUGUGAUGCCUCAGGAAUCGGAAUAGGAGCUGUUCUCAUGCAAGACAAGAAGCCGAUUGCCUACUUCAGUGAGAAACUUGGAGGAGCCACUCUCAAUUACCCAACCUAUGAUAAAGGAGCUCUAUGCGCUGGUCCGAGCCUUGCAAACUUGGCAGCAUUACUUAUGGCCCAAGGAGUUUGUUAUCCAUACACUGAUCAUGAAUCACUCAAGCACUUCAAAGGCCAACAGAAGCUCAACAAGAGGCAUGCUCGCUGGGCCGAGUUCAUAGAAACCUUUCCCUAUGUGAUCAAGUACAAGAAAGGUAAGGACAAUGUCGUGGCCGACGCAUUGUCUAGACGGUAUACACUUCUCUCUACUCUUGAUGCCAAACUCUUAGGCUUUGAGCAAAUUAAAGAACUAUAUGCUUCUGAUGCUGAUUUUUCUGAUAUUUAUCAAGCUUGUUCUAAGUUUGCUUCUGGUCGAUAUGUGAGACAGGAUGGGUUUCUCUUUUAUGAGAACCGCCUUUGUGUGCCUAAUUGUUCUUUGAGGGACUUGUUUGUCAGGGAAGCACAUGGAGGAGGACUUAUGGGACAUUUUGGAGUUGCCAAAGACUAUACAGAUCAUGAGAGAUCAUUUCCAUUGGCCACAUAUGAUUAG